AUGUCACAAACUCCUCUCUCAUACAAUAACUUACCUGUUGAUAUUGUAGCUUCCUUGAAGAGACAAAUUGAUGUUCUUCAGGCGCAAAAUGAAGAGCUCCGCAAGGAACCUUGCAAAGAGAAAAGUAACCGCUACCAUCUUGAGGGUAGAGCGAUUCAACAGCUAGUUUGUCUGACUGGUUAUAUUGGACAAUUAGUUGCAGAACAUGAUCAAUGUAUGGUACUUGGUGCUGUCAGCAAAUCUGAUGCAGACAAGUUCGACUCUGAGGAUCCCAAAUCAUUCAAGAAACUUCUUGUAUCAUGCCCAUCUGUAGGUAAACUAACAAAGUCAUUGGUCGAGGACCAUGACCUGGCAUUUGCAUACAGCCAGCUGAUUAAAGGAGCUGAUUCAGCUAGGGCAGAUGAUACAACAAAACUCAAGGUGCUUGUCAUUUCUUGGUUAUCAGAGUGUACCCCGCCACCAGACCCCAUUCUUUACCCUUAUGACAAGACUGGCCAUGGUUUCUACAACGAUGCAACAGGAAGGCUUCUAUGUCCUGUGGAUCACAACUGGAACAACUCUGAGGUGAUGGCUUACUCUUGGCCAACAUUCUUGUAUGAUGGACAUUACAAUGCUAGGAAUCAUAGAGAUGGCCUGUUUAAAGGGAAGUUGCUAUUAAAGAGCUUGAUGACCCAGAGCAGACUGGUUCUGAUGAGGUUUCUGCACAUGGACAUUCAAAGUGCCAAAGAACCCAGACAAGUGGCAAUUGCAUAUGCCACUGUCCAGCUUUGCUUUGCUUUGUCCAGUGCUAGCUCGUGGUGGAUCAUGGAUGAUGACUUCAACAGCGAAGUUUUCUAUAACCAUAUUGUUGAUUUCUUUGAGCUUCCCCCAACACAAGACGCAGCAAAUGAAGUAGAUGAUAUUUUACUAUGGUGGAACCACAAAGUUUUCGGUCGCAAGUAUGUGUCUGUUUAUCACCCCCAAAGGGUUGAACAGUUAUCAGUUGCUUGGACAUGGGCUUGA